CGACGACUGAUUGGAGGGCAGAGAAAGGCCUGAUGAUUGGUUGGAGGGGUAGGAGAAGGGGGAGAAGAGCGAGCACACGUGUCAUGCACGAGAUUCGAUUUCAAUUUGAGAGGAGGAGGGCGACAGAUGAAGCUCUGACACGUGUGUCUCGAACACGACUUCCCGACAGUGCUGAGGUUAACGAGACAUGAUUGGGAAUUUUUAAGACAGGACAGGAUUUAUUGAGAGGAGGGAGAGGGAGAGGAAGGGUGGGGGAGGAGAGAGAAUACUUCUUUAUUUAUUUAUUUAUUUAUUACUAUUAUUUUCGAUGAUUAAUGAUUUUGCCUUAACAAUUCGUUGGGUGAGGGGUCGACGAGUGGUGAAGUCGACGGAAUUGACCGAUUUAGAAAGUUGACCGAUUUAGAAAGUUAACCGAUUUAGAAAGGGGUGACAGGUAGUUAACACGUUUUUCUUGUCUCGUAAUAGUCAAGCUCGUUUUUUUGUUUUUUGUUUCGGUUUUGUUUUUGGCCGGGAAGAUGGGAGAGAUUCAUUCAAUGAGAUAAGGACUGAUCAUUGACAAUAAAAAGGUGAGCUAAAGCCGUUUUCUUUUCCUUGUUUUUUCCCUUCUUUUUUUGUUUUGUUUAAUUUGUUGUGUCGGUCGGCCAUGAUGGCUUCCGCGUUUAUAUCCUCCGCUCACUGCUGCGCAUCUUCCGCUGCGCCUCCUUGCGGCGCUAGCUUCUCAUCUUCAACUUCUUCGUCUUCUUCCGUUUCCUCCAGGUCACCUCCCUCCUCCUCCUCCUGCUGCUGCUGUUGCUCUUCCUCCGCGUGCCUGCCUCUGUCAUCUCGUCGCAUCUCUGUCUCACGUUGCAGCCAAUCAUGGUGGCGACUGCGAUGCUGUCAUUCAACGGGUAACUCUGCAACUUCAGCCUCUCCCCCCUCUUCCUCCUCCUCCUCCUCCUCCUUCUCCUCCUGCUCUCUCUCUCUAUCGUGGGACUCCCGCCGGCGCUCGACUGCUCUGCGCGCAGUUGCGCGGCCAUUCCGUCGAGGAGAUCAUCUGGACGAGCGGUGGUCGUUGCGGCGUCGGGGCCAUCGCGGGCGGAAGCGCCCCGCCGCAGCCGCAGCGACAGCCACUAGGAGCAGCUCGCCAUCGGGGUCCCGAUCUCGACCUCCCCGGUCGCUUGCUGAGGUAGACCAAGCCCCGACGGCUUGGAGCGACGAAGACGUCGACAUGGCCCCCGCAGCGAUCGUCGCUUCCACGUCGGGAUCGCGACUCUCGCCUAUCGACUCCGCGCUCGCAAAGAUUACCCGAGAGAGGAAGCUUCUAGAACGUCGCUUGCUUUCCCAGCACCAAGGCGAGCAGCUGGUAGGACGGACUGGCUACGACGACAACGGAAAUGGCAAUAGCAGACCUGGUGUCCCAACAUCAUCAUCACCAUCGUUAUCAUCGUCAUCGGUAGGAUCCCGAUCCCGAUCGCGAUCCACUUCUGUCGGAGAGACGGCGCGGAUGCUCAUGCUGCGGAGCCCGAGCGCCGGUAACGGCGCUGGCGCCGUCGUGCCCAGUCGCGGAGGUCGGAAUCCCAAUGGGGUUCUGGAUGGCAAUACCGGAAGGGUGAACGGGAGCGGUGUACCGAUUAUGACUUCGACCGGUGUGGGGAAUGGCAGACGGGGAGAGAGAGAGAGGGAGAGGGAGGUGGUCGUGGACGUUGGGCUGGCGUCGAGGACGGCGGCUGACGGACGUGGUGCCAGAGGUAGUAACGGUUACGCUAACGGUAACGGAGGGAUGAUCGCCGAUGUGACGGCGAAGUCGAUCUUGGAAGCAGAGAAGAUGGAAGAAAACGAGAGGGGUGAUGCUGAUGAUGAUGAAGAGCGUGUGAUGCAGACAGACGAGUCGUUCCGAUGGGCGAAUGAGAACUAUAAUCAGCUGCUGAGAUCGGUCGAUGUUUGGUCCUUCGUCUUAACGUUGCGUGCAUGGAUCUGGUUCAUCGAUGCCAAGUGGACGUACGCUGGUGGAUUCACGGAAGCCAAGCAGGGGCAAAGAAGGCGCUCUUUGGCUUCGUGGGUGAGGGAAACAAUUCUGCAGCUGGGCCCCACUUUCAUCAAGCUGGGACAACUGUCGUCGUCUCGCUCAGAUCUGCUGCCCAUAGAGUUUGUGGAGGAACUGAGCAAAUUGCAGGACCGCGUGCCUGCUUUCACUGCAAGCAAGGCAAUAUCCAUCAUUGAGAGGGAGCUCGGACAACCAGUUGAUUCUGUCUUCCCAACUUUCGAACAGAAGCCUCUUGCCGCUGCCAGCUUGGGCCAGAUUGAUUAUAUCAAUGAAGGACGAAAUGCUGAUCGUUUUCGAAACGAUUUCCGCAACACUAAAUGGGUGAAAGUACCGCAAGUGUAUUGGGACUACACGUCCCGCCAAGUGCUGACAUUGGAAUAUGUGCCAGGUAAGAUACUCAGGACAGGUUUUUUCCAUGCGGAUCCACACCCCGGAAAUUUGGCCGUCAGCGAUGACGGGUUGUUGAUUUAUUACGAUUUUGGUAUGAUGGGAGAUAUAAGGUCUGUGACGAAAGGCAAGCUGCUGGACAUGUUCUAUGCUGUCUACGAGAAGGAUGCUUCCAAGGUCAUGGCUGCCCUGAUUGAUCUGGGAGCACUGGUUCCAACAGCUGACAAUCUCACAGUCCGCAGGUCGAUCCAGUUCUUCCUGGAUAACCUGAUGAAUCAGAGGCCAGACGAGGAAGCUACAAUUGCAGCAAUUGGAGAGGACCUGUUCUCCAUUGCGGUCGACCAACCCUUCCGUUUCCCGGCAACUUUCACUUUUGUCCUCCGUGCCUUCUCCACUCUAGAAGGAAUUGCCGAGUGUGGUGAACUGCUUCAGCUGCGGAAUGGGGAUAACCAAGAUUUUGUCCUUCGCCAACUCCAGAAGCAGGCUCUGCAGGCAGAGAGGGCGGCUCGUCGAGCAGGAGUCAUGCAGACAAUCACAUUGAAUACGGUGGUAGCGGCGACUUUACUAAAUAUAGGAGCUACUCUUCUUGUCAAUGGGCUUCCGGAAGUCGCAAAUACCUCCUUCGCGGUGGCAGGUGUCUUCUCAUUCUUCGUUUAUCGGGGCUUUCGGCGGAUAAAGAAGCUGGACUCCUUUGAGAGAAGAAUAAAGUGAUCCUCAACUUAUCUCUGCAGACUUUGAAGCGCGAAUCAUAUGAUAUGUUUCCGUGCUCGCUCUUUUGCAAAACUGUGGUUGAAUUGAACUUAUCACAACAUACUAACAUAGUACAUACCUCUCCUCCAUGGCAUGGCAUUUGCCGCACGAGCGCUGGGGACCGCAGAAACGAGAGAGAGAGAGAGAGAGAGAGAGAGAGAGAGAGAGAGAGAGAGAGAGAGAGAGAGAGAGAGAGAGAGAGAGAGAGAGAUGCAAGAGGUCAUUUCAUUAAUCGGGUAUGGAAACAGGAGUAAUGAUUUUUACUGCUGCCCGUUGUACUACAAGACAAAGGAUCACUGAUCAUGUAUCACCAGGUAUCAAACUGAGGCCACCAAGUUAUUUAAAAGAAGACGACGACGACGACGACGACGACGAAGAAGAAGAAGAAGAAGAAGAAGCACUGCUAUGCUGAAGAAGAAGAAGAAGAAGAAGAAGAAGAAGAAGUACUGCUAUGCUGUAGUGUUCACACUGUUGAGUGUGAAGUGAUGCGGGAACAACCGGCUGCAUUCUUUUUGUACAUAGAAAAACUCUAAUAUGGUGCUUUAGCCAGGAGUUUCCUCUGCCCUGUGGAUGGAUGGAUGAAGGUAUGGGAGAAAAUUUAAAAAGCACCAUGAAGCUGGCGGAGAACCGGGAGAAGUGAGCUAUGCAGAUAAAAAAAACGAGGGUGAAAGGCUGAUGUGGAGAAAAGAAAAGAAAAGAGCACAACAACAACAACAACAAAAAAAAAGAGGAAAAACGGUGGAUGUGAUUCUGAAAGUUAUGGUUUUCAGGUCUGUGACGUUGUGACAAUACCCCCCCUCCCCCCUCCCCCCCCCUCCCCAAAAAAAAAAAGGAAAAAGGGAAUGUGACGAUACCGGUUAUGAGGAAUUGUGUGCUUAUUCAGCAGUUCAUGGACAAGCAGUGAGAUGACCACAUGACAACAACACGAGUACAUUCAACACGACACCGACCGUAGGAAGAAGAGAGAGAGAGAGAGAGAGAGAGAGAGACGCGACACAAGAUAAUGGAAGUAAAAAGUAACCCGAAAG